AUGUCGUCGAUACAAUCCUUCUACCACAAAGACUCGGCCCCCUCUAGGUCUUGCAAACCUCACAAUCCUGAGAACGAGGCCUUUACACAGGCCGAGAUUGAGGCAGCUCGCCGACCACUUACACAAUCCUGGCGACCAAAGGGCGUCUACGAGGAAGUCACUAUUGCUGAACUUCAACCUGGACCUGCCAAGGUUCGGUUCAAGGCGAGGAUCGUGAACUUUUCUGCCGCCACACAUGGAAGAGGAAGAGGUCGCUCUGCGCUCCCAGAGAACUUUCACACGCUGAUCGUCAAAGAUGACACUGGCGUUGUCCUCCUCAAACUCCUAAGCUCGGGCUCUGACCAGGACUUUCUCAAACUCGGCACCCUCGUGACUGUCUGGUCUGGCUUUGUGGCCGAUUACUCGGCAGCACACAUAGCGUAUUCUAAUUUUCGAAUCCCAUUCGUCUCGUUGAUGAUCUCCAUUCAUCCCUCUGCAGGGUCAACAUCCUGUAUCAGAUUCCACAACGAAACCAAUCCAUCGCAAGACACCACCGAGCUUUGCCGUGUGCCUUUGAACUACGAUAACUUCAUCAAUUUAUCUCAGGUUCCUGGUCUCAUGAGUCUCAAAGCCUACAUCAGCAGUGGGUAUGAUGACAACCAGGACGCCCAUAUUCUGGUAUGCGUCUUCAGUGCCGGCCCAUGUUUGACGGUUUGGUCCAAGGACAAGCAGAAAGAUCUGGAGUUGAUCGAAGUUCGAGUCUUUGACGAGACAUGCAACAACUGUGUGCUCAAACUCUGGGAGGACAAGGUGUCCUCAGCCGCAUCCUGGGUCGCCAACCAGACCAUUCUUCUCAUCACCAACCCAAUCUUGAAGCACUCUAUCAGGAGCAAUGGGCUGGUGGAACUUGGCAUCGGAUCGAGUUCUAUGGUCGAGGUCGACCCUGACUUUCCGGAUGCUGACUGGCUUCGACACAUGGCUGCCGCUCGCACGAGAAAAGAAAGCGUCCAUAUCCCCUUCCCGGUUGACAUUUGGGAUGUUGACGCUGCUAUCCACGGGCCUGGCCGGACGCUCUACACGCUGGCAGACAUUGAUGAGUAUGUCCGCGAAGUACCAGAGGUAGUUUUCACAGGCAAACUCAACCUGUUGAUCACGGGGGUGUCGAUUGUGGAGCAAUGCAGGAAGCGGCAGCUCUGCUGCUUCGAAUGCUGCAACAUCCCCCUCUACUCCCACAACGCCAACGCCACCUGCAAAAACUGCCUCAAAACACACGAGCUCUCCCUCAACCCAAAGAUCAUCGGCCCCUUGACAGACGAGGCCGGCUCCGUGGCAGCAGGGAAACUGAUCUGGAGUGAUAGAGCGUGGACUGAACUCCUAUUCGGGAAUAACAACACUGCCCCAGCCGAAGCUGUACACACGCAGGCUACGCAUGUGUUUUCCGAACUGGCCGACGACUCUCACGCUGAUGGAGGUGUCGUCGCUGUCAAGAACGGGGAUGACAAUGGUGAUGUGAGCAUCAAAAAGGAGAAAAGCGACAGUGUUGAGAUCGAGUACGAAAAGCACUUCCUUGGAGACGACAUCUUUGACGACCUGGAUGAUUUGGACGACCCGUUUGAUGAUCUCCAGCCGCAGGAGGUGGUGGCAAAGCAGAGUUAUGAGUCGUGGAAGGUGCUGACUAGGCUUGAUAACGAUUCGCUGAGGGACGUGGAGGAGCGGCUGUUGUAUUCGAGAGUGACGCUGACGUUUGGGUGGUCGCCGAGGGUGGGGAGGUUGUGUGUGCUGGGUGUGGAGUGGUGAAACAUUUGGAACAGCAAGAUCUCUGUGGUGCUGACAUGUUGGUGGAUAAUCUUGUUCAAGGAUGGUGGUAAUUACCUGACUGUUUAUAUUUGCUGGUCAUUUGCUUUUUACGAUUUACUUUGCACGCAC